AGUGAAAUGGACAUCUCCACUGCUGAGGAAAUAGCAUCAGCACUGAAACCAAUCAAAGAUGCAACCUGCAUAAUGUCUGAGGAUUCUACACCUACACUCUCAGUUAUUGCUCCUUUACAUGCUCAGUUACUGCAUGACACAGAGGCAGCUGGCGUUGCUGCUGAAACACCAGUUAUCAGGGAAAUCAAACUGGCAAUCCGCGAAGAUCUGGUUAAAAGAUACAGUUGUGCACGGAACAAGCACAUGCUUUACACUUCUUCAUUUUUGGACCCCAGAUUUAAGGCCCUGCCUUUCCUCACCACGAAGGACCAGCUGGAAGUCCACGCCAAUGUCCUUGCAGAGGCUGCAGCACUCCAGAGUCAUGUGAACUCAGAGGCUGGUGAGGACAAGUCUGAGACACCACAGCCAGACCCAGAAGAAGCCACCCCCCCAAAAAUAAGGCCCUCUGCACUGUUUACUCUAUUGGGCAAGACAUUUACUGAGGUCAGUGUUGUCCAUAAAUCUACCAGCACCAGAGCCAAAGAGGAACUGAAGACAUAUCUGGAAGCCCCUCCACUUCCUCUGUCAGAGAACCCCCUCAGCUGGUGGAGAACCCAUGAGACAGCUUUCCCUCUCUUGGCUAGACAGGCUAAACGCUACUUGUGUAUCCCUGGCACUAGUGUUGCAGCUGAGAGAGUGUUCUCCACUGCUGGGGAUAUAGUGACAGCACAGCGAAGCAGUCUUACUCCAGAACACGUGGAUCAGCUUCUGUUCCUACAAAAGAAUCUGAAUGUUGCACCUGCAAAGGAACAGUAAUCUUGAACACUAUUCAUGUCCAGUUUUCUUUGAUGAUUUUCAGAAAAUCAUACAAUCAGUUGUUGCACAGUUGUGGACAGUUCCAUUGUUGCUACAGACAUGUUCAUGAAAAGUUUAGAGGCAGCUAGUUUACUGGUGUUAUUUUUCACUUAAUUUUUUUUUUUU